UCAACAGACGAAAGUUUCCUUUCGGGCAAGAAAAACAUGGCGGUGGAUUUGAUGAGUCGUUUGUUUUUGAAGUAGGAUUUUUAACGUUGUACUUUGCGAAACACAAGAUGGGUUGAUUUAAACGAUGAAAUAUAGGACUUGGCUGACUAGUGCAGAAUGGAUAAACAUGACCGCUUUAUCGCUAUCAACCAAACGCUACCCGGGUUGGAAGAAUUUCUCAAAGAGGUUCUUGGUAGCGAGCCAUUGAGUGACGAAGCGAAUAAACAACGAAUUGAAUUUCUUAGAAGAUUAGAGAGUGUAUCAAGGCCGCCAUCUUUGCCCCCGAGACCUGCAAAUUUGGGUGAAAUUUAUCGCGCUCGACUACAGAAAAACGACGGUCCUUCCGGAAGCGGCUCCCAAGAUGAAAAUAGUGUUUAUAAAAACGAGAAAACGAUAGACCCAGUCGAGUUUGCUUCACAGCAACGUGAACUAUCCAGAGCUACAACUGUCCAUAAAGCUUUGCCUCCACAAACUUUUUUGUUCGGUGAGAAAGGAAGCCGCAACGGAGGCUUGUAUAUUCAGAGGUCGGGAAAUACAAGGGAUGUGCGAGACUCUAUCAUAAGUACAAGCAGUAAUGAAGAUGACAUCUAUGAACAUCUUAGUCUAAAGAGCAUCUCUCCUGUUGAGUCUUCGAAAGGACAGGAGGGUGAAGCAAGUUCUAAGACUGAAGACUCUUUUGUCUUUCCCAGUCCCCCUAAGACUCCCCAAGAGCAUACAUCAAGUAUCUAUUUACCAGCUCGCACAGGAAGUUUGAGGGGAUCUGGAGGCAAGGGGAAACUCUCUACAGUAUGGUUUAAGAAAGAAACAAAAUUGAAUGAAGAAGUGUAUGCAUCAACCCUACGAGAACCUGUUAUUCAAGGUUACCUGAAAGAUGUCAAGGCGAACAAAAGACGCUGGUGUGUAUUACAGGGUAAUCGCUUACACAUCUUCAAGAAUCAAGAGGAUCCUGCUAUCAUGAUACUAUGUCUGCCUGAAUGUGAAAUAGGAGUUGAUGACAAGAAGAAGAUCAGUUACAGUUUUCGACUUACUCCAUCUGAUGGGCCUGGGGUGACAUUAGCCAUUGAGGAUGGCCAGGACCUAUCUCCAUGGAUGAGUGCGAUUAUGGCAGCAGCUGUACGGCGCAGCAGUCUCGGCAGGCCCAUUAGUCCUCUAGAGGGUUUAUUUAGCUUAGAGGAAGCAAGAGAACGGAUGCGUUCUGCUGAAAUAGAUGGUGGAAUAGAGGAGGAGGAAGAGGAAGAAUUGGAAGACAUUUAUGAAAAACCAGUAGACUUCAAUGUGAGCGGGAUGCCUUUCGUUCACAGUACCCCAGAAACAACAGAAUUCAAGGAAGAUGAAGGUGAAGGCUAUGAUGCCCCCCUUCCUCCAAUCCCUAUUGGGGAUGAUUCCUCAUCAGAAAGCAGCUCAGAUGAAGACGAAAGUGCAGAGAGCAAAGGAUCAUCUAAAAAAGCUGAAGAAAAGAAGAAAAUUUAUGAUGCAAUUCCUCCUGAUUUGUUGGCAGAACUCUCAGCUGGACAGCGUAAACGCAGUGAAACAAACAAAAGCCAGGAUUCUAUUUGUGAAGAUGGGUCAACAAAUGACCAUUCAAUGGAUUUCACAGACAGUCAUAGUGAACACAGUGGAAAUAUUAGUAAUAGACACAGCUACAUUGAGCCUAUAGCAUGUGAUGAUGUUGUGAGCUCUGAACCAAAAGAGGAGGAAACAACCGAAACAUAUUCACGAAAACGAACCUCCACAGUGCUCAGUGCAAGCAUGGAAUCAAUAGGCUCUGAUGCAGAAGAAACUACAACUGUCUCUGUUAUGUCACAGACAACUGAAACUAACAAAGGUUUAGGUCCCAAGGUGAAAAGGAGAAGAAAGCUUGUUCCAGCUGAAGCGGAGCAGAAGUUUCUUCAAGAUCCUGAUGCCAUGCAUAGUGGGAUUUUGUAUCAGAAGCGCAGGCUGGGAGUCUGGUCAAAACGCUAUUGCAAGAUUAUUGACAAUAGAUUCAAGUGUUACCGCAAUCCAGAUGACCAGAAAGCAAGCUUAAAUUUUCCAAUCCUCGGUUAUGAUAUAAGUCUGAUUGACAAUAAGGAAUCAAAGAAGAGUUACUGCAUCAAAAUCUCUCAUCCAAGCCAGGAUACACAUUACUUUGCCACAGAUUCACGGGUGUCAAUUGAACGGUGGAUUGAGGUUCUGUCUCUAGCGGCCACGGCAAGGCCAGAUGUAAUCGCACCAUAUCCACCUUACUUUUGUGCUGACCAGUCUGGAGAUGAAUUACAAAGCAUGUCAAGGGAGUCCUUACUAAGUAGUGAGGGGAGGCUCUCUGAUGAUGACGGUGCAGAUACUCAGGAGGAAUUGGAUGCCUCUUCAGAAAAAGGAAGCAGUAUCGGCAGAAUCAAAGCAAAGAACAGAUUACCCGAUGAAGAGAGUAGGACAACACCGCCAAACGAUCGAAGAAACGUCGAGUCCGUCCCAAGUCAGCCUGAUAGCCAGGAAAGCGGAGUCAAACAGUCUCCAGAGCCCGAGGUGAAAGAGAGAGUGCACAAGAAGAGGAAAGAGAAGCCAAAGGAAGGAACAAAGACCCCUUCGACCAUGAGCCCUCCUCACAGCAUGUUUAUUAGUGAGUCCAUUGAUGGCCAAGCUAAAGCCGAACCAAUGAAUGAAGAAUACGUUUCUCUUGCCAAAGAGAGUGCUAAGGAUGGCAGCGAGGAUUCUUCCCCCAAAAAAGACAGGCGGUGGACAGGCACUCUGAAAAAGAAAUCAUUAGCAAAGGGCAACUCUUAUGAUUACAGAUUACGAGGAAAUGUCUCUACGUUUACUCACACGGAGAACGUUAAAAACAAAAGCCUGAGCAUGAGGCGGAAGAAUUCACAAACAUUUGCCCAUUUAAUGGCUUUGUUCGACAAAGAGGGUCGCUUCUGUGGGUAUCUUACCGAAGUUAGGCAGAAUAAGUUUGGGACGACACAUUUACGAAGAUGGUGUGUUGUCAAGAACGGAGUGUUGAUUCUUUUCAAUAGCGAAAACGAAGAUACACCGCAAGGAAAACUUUCAUUAGUGGACAUGUGGUUGACUAAUAAGAGUGACGAGAGUAGAAAAAAGUUUAGUUUUACUCUAGAGGACAAAGAUGGCAAAGAAACAACCUUGCAAACGACAGUCAAAGAAGAUUUUCAGAAGUGGAUGGGAGUGCUAGAGUUAUUUACCGAGCUUCGUGUUGAAAGACCGCCACCAGAAGUUGCCGAGACUCACAAGAAAACUGACGCUGUGGCUGCUGAGGAAGGAGAGGGAUUCUUUGAACGGGGAUCAUUGCUAACAAAAAGCGCUCGUGCUGCCACCAAACUGAAGGAUGAAAUUUACUCUUUGGCGCCGGGAAAGGUCAGGUCGUCACUGAGGAUGAAAUUGUCACAAAAAGUAAAUGUGAGAGAUAUUUUUCGAAAGACGCACACAUACGACUUGGAUAGUAUAUCAAGUGAAGGAUCUUCCCUCCCAGAACCCGAUAUAGAUACUUUGGCUGUGUUUGGUGGACUCUUAACACAAGUCGAGCCAGAUGGCUCCACAAAUUCACGAUGGUGCACCAUCAAAGAGAAAGAACUCUUAAUUUUUACGGACCGUAAGGCGCCUGACUCUCUUUACCAAAUACCACUUUGGAUGGCCACUUUCAGAGAUUUGAGCGAUACUGAAAGUUGUCCAAACAGAUUUCAAGUUCUCUAUGGUAGCGAAAGCUUUGUUUUCGACGCGUGUGAUAAGUUUGAUCAUAACAGAUGGCUCAAAAUGCUGGUCUCCUCGGUCGAGCGUCGGAACUCGAGCGACGACGAAGACAGACCGAAGUGCGUCGGUCGAUUAACUUCGCCAACAUUCGCAAAGAAGAAACUUUUGCAUCGGCGAACUCGCAGUGAGAUGUUGUCACAAGGAGACGAAACGCCUCCAUCGACGCCGUUGAAAGAAGGGUCUUUAAGUUCUACGAGUUCCACUGAUAGACUAAUGAGUGGAUAUCUUCAAGAAAUACGUGACACCAAAGGUGCUCGUACCCACAUUCGCCGGUGGUGCAUAGCUACCAGCGAGAAAUUUCUUGUGUACGAUAACCAAAACUCAUCAAAAGCUUCUUUUGAGUGGGAACUGUCUAAAAUGACGGUUCAGGAUCUCAGCGACAUGGAUAUGGGUGUCUUUGAAUUUUGCGUCUCGCAUGGGGAGAAAAAGCUUAGUUUCAAAGUCAUUGAUGAGGACUCCGCGAGGCACUGGUUGAGUGUGUUAGCGCGCUAUUGUCACUCUAUAGCGGCAAAUCAACCGCUGUUUAAGACUCCAUCAAAAGUGAAAAGCAAAGAAGAACGUAGGCGAUCUGCGAGUUGGAACGAUCUGAAAUCGAAACAAGCCGAGAAAGAAAAGAACGCUCUCGAAGUGUUAAGCGAAGGAAGGGCGAGUGGGCGAAAGCUCACACGAAGAGCAACCGAAGAUUCUUCGUUCUUUCGUAUGUUUAACCGCUCAGAGUCGUUUAAAGCACCGUGGCGCGCGUCCCAAGAAAAACUGGAGGUAAAAAUGAGGGAACGAUCAGGGAGGAUUGCCGCUAACAGAGCCUGGAAAAGAUUCUCGUGCGGCACCCUGUUUGACAGUGAUGGUAAAUACAGCGGCCAUUUGAUGGAGGUUAUCAUGCGCAACUUGUAUAGCAGUCAAGUGCGAAGGUGGUGUGUGCAGAAAGACGACCAUUUAUACGUGUACGAAAACGAAGCUGCGCUCGACCCCGUCAAGGUGAUUCCUCUAUUUAAAGCCAAGGUUGUGGAUACCAGCGAUAUUGAAGCUUGCGUUUACAGGUUUAGAAUCGAUUUUGACGAGACAAACUGUGCGAUUUUUCAAGCGCUGACCCGCACAGAUCUCGAGAAGUGGACAACAGUUAUCUCUGUUAAAAUCGCCGUUCUUCAGGACCGGAGCGAACGUCAUCUCCGACGGAGCGCUUCUUUAAGUUCAGAAAGGACCGUAGAUACAGCGGGUUUCAGUGGAAGCGAGUUUUCGUCACCCCAACUCAGACCCUCCCUGUCCCCGACAGGAGACUCUUUGUCUCUCACUGAAACUUUCUCGAUUUGCUCAGCUGAUAGUGUCUUUGCUUCAGCGAUUGACACCGUGACCAGUGUAGAAGGGGAAUCAGCCACGUCUAGUUCAUCAGGAUCAGCACCAAUUGAUUCGAACAACGAGACCGCGGUGAGUUCGAUGAAAGAUGAGCCGUCACCCAGUGAUCAGGAGGUAACGGACGCUGGUUCGUCGCCAACUGAAGGAAUGGCUUCAGAGAUUGAGACUUUGGAAGGCACUCGCAAAAACGUUGACAAUAUGUCUCUUAUUGAAGACUUGAGUCAUAUUUACGAGAAUUUCUUGGCGUUUGCUUCCGCCGUGGCCGAAAGCAAUCCUGAAGAGCUUUACCACGUGUAUGAGAAUGUCACGCAAGCUCUUCACCCUGGUUCUCAGCUGGCUGCCCAAAGUGAUGGCGGUGUUGGUGAUAAUUUAACUAGUAAUGAAAGCAACGAAAUAAAUGAAGUAGAAAGCCCUGCCAUGGAAAUGUCAUCGGAAUUCGAGAAAAUUACUCUGCAGGAAAAUGAAGAUGGUGUGUUAUUGAAUAGGUCUUCGGGUAUAUGUGAUGACACUACCCCGGAUAAACAUAUGGAGGAUGUUAACCAAAAGGAACAAGAUGCUGCUAAGACUGUAGAAAAUGACAAGACGUUAAAAGUCGAUGGAGAAAUUUUGGUAGCUUCCGUCAAUAGUGGUGGUGUUGAUGAAGAUCUUGUCAAGAGUAGCCAACCUGUUAUCGGGGAGAGUCAGGAUCUCAUAGUAACGAGCAGGAAAGAGGAAAGUGCAGAGUUUGGAGGGCAUGUGAGGGACAUGAACGGGAUCAAAACUGAGGACUUUGGGGAGGCAAGUGAUAACGAAUUACCAUCAGAGUCAUUGGGCAGCGUUGUCACAAGUAAUUCAACUCUCCAACCUGAAGAUAAGGAAUUACCAUCAGAGUCGUUGGGCAGCGUUGUCGCUAGUCAUUCAACUCUCCAGCCUCAAGAGAAUGAAUUACCAGCGGAGUCGUUGGGCAACGUUGUAACAAGUCGUUUAACUGUCCAAGCUGAAGCUGUUGAUGAAAAAUUAAUUCAAGAGAGAAGUGCGGUGGACAUGCAGCCAUCUCUGGUCCAUGCUGAUCGUUUGAGUGACACUAAAACGGGCGAUAGCUCGUUUUAUGUUGUCGAGGAGGGGAAUGACCAGUUUUGGAGAGAAAUGGAGGAUAAGGAGGUCAGUGAGCCAGUGAUAGCCACAAGCGAAGAAGGCAGUACUGUUCAGGUUUCGCUCGAGAGUAACGAAGACCAGUCGGAAAAGGGUAGUUUCGUUUUGGAUGUAGAGAAGUCUGCUUUUAGCGAAAGGGAUGAAGACAGGACCACGGACGUCACACCUCACGAUCCCCAAAGUAUUCACAACGAUUACUCCAACAGCAACAUUUGUACUGAAGCAGAGGUCUCCGUAGAGAAUGAUCUUGGUUUAGCUCAAGGGAAAACUCAGGGCUCUCACGAAGAAACUGGACUUGGGGAGGAUGAGAAAAAAAUGUUUUUGGAACGUGAAGCCCAGGUAGUGCCUGAAUCAACAGGUUCAGAUUCAGAGAGUGGAGAGUUGAGCGGCUCUACUUAUACCACCAGUACAGUGGCUAAACAUAGCAAUAUUUUACAUGAUACAACCCAAGAGGAAAUCGCUCUAAACAGUUCAAGUCAACUUAAUGUACGAGUUCCUGGUCAAGAAUCAGAGGUUAUUCACACAUUUGGCGCUGCUGACACUGGUGAAGAUCACGCGAAGGAAUCGUUGGAAGUUUCUUGUGAAGAUGCUGAGAAAUUACAGUCUCUUAACACUGAACUUUCUUCCGACGAUCUGCCAGCCAGUGAACAUGCAGGAGAUAAUUCGUGGCUCCAACAAGAUGGCGAACAAUCUCAGGAAACUGUGGACGAAGGCAUAGAGUUGGAAAGAUAUUCUUCGGAUGAAGGAUUCUACACACCAGAAGAUACCGUAGACCUCUCAGUAAGAAGUGAUAGUGUGGCAGGGGUAGACAGGGAAACGAACCCUUCCAAUGACGACACGCAAAAUAGCGAUCCUGAACCGAGCUGUGUAGAAAGCGAAACGAGUUUAGCUCCGAAGACCGAGGAAGUUCUUCAAUCAGAAGGAGAUACAAAGUCCUCCACAGCACAAGGCGUUGAUGAACUACAACAUGAAGUAGGCCAUGACAGCCUGUCUGAGGCGAAGGAUUUCCAAAACGAUGGCGUGAAUAACUCAAGCUGGGAGGAUAAACAACAGCUAACAAACAGUCAAAUGGACAUUCUGAAAGCCGUCACAGCUGCAUUUGAAGAGAUUCUUGAGCUUCAUGGCGAAGAGAGUGAUGCAGAUGACACCAGACUGUGAUUCAAGGGUAUAUAGAUUUAACUCGCCUAUACCCUCUCUCCAAAAAGAAAGGGGGAAAAUGAUAUGAUUGAAUUAUCCUGAAUUAUCCAUGUAGUAAACGAGCAGUAGACCGAACUAAUACGCUUGACCACUUGAAUCGAAAAAUUAAGCCUGUCACCGGAAAUAUCGUGCAGUCAAACAUGAUAUUUUCGUAAUUUUGAGUCCCAUUAGCUUAAACACCAAGACAGUUGGUUUUGAACGAUGUACGCUAAAAAAACCUUUGUACACGCAGAGCACUCUUGUUAGAGCGACUUUGAAUGGCUCACGAUUGGCUCCCUUUUCUCAAUCAUUUGAAAUUUCGUAAACUUUCACAUCGAUUUCGCACCUGGUCAUUUGCUCGAUUGGUACAUGGUGGGGGGAGGGGGGGGGGUGACCAUGUCUGUGCGAUAGACGCCUUUGACUCGAAACGAAAAACCACACUUGUUACAGGGAUUCCCCUUUUCACUCCGUGUAGUUGACACUUUUUCGCGAAUUCCCGAAAUUAGGUGCAAUACUUUUCCUCAUCUUCAUGAGUUUAGGAUGCAGUUACUUGUUACAUCUUGCCAUUCCAACGUAGUAUUAAUACAUCCUUUAAGUAUAGUCGAAUACGUUCGAAUAGGCGUGGCCUUCUGAAGAAAAAAAAACAUUUCUGCAUUCGAGACAAAUUUUUGCUCAUCUACCAGACGGUGUUUGUUCGCCUUAGAUCAUCAUUUCCAUCUCUAAGGGUUUUGGCUUAGGUUUCGUGGUACCUUUUUAAGCUCGGUGAAAAUCUUCAUGACGUCACUCCCUUUUGUAACUAACUUGUAGUGGAAAUUUGUUGCCCUUUUUGUUCCACCUGUGAAGACGAUGAACCUUCAACUUCUCAAAAGAGAUGCAAUUAGUUUGAUGUUGGAGUCAGGCUAGUAGGUUAUGUUACGUGAGCCACACGAAUUGUUCCUGAAGGUGUUUUGCAAAAGUGAAUGGUUAGGAGUUAUUAGAAUCUUAGGGAUACCUCUGAUCUUGGCGAAUGUCUCGUUGGUCAGGCUCUCUUUUUCGUUCCGGCCAAUGUGAAGGCUAGUUCACCUGACUACCACUAGACUACGUUAGUAAUUAAUGAAUAAGCAAGGACAAUAUCUAGAGAACAUCAGGCAUAAAACAUGUAGUCACAGUAAUUACGUAUAAUAAGCGAGUAGUUUCUUUUUCUUUCAGAGUAAUUUUCAAUUGAUUGUCGAAAGUUAUCCGGGGCUGCAUUUUUUUUAAUUACCUUUCCUCUGAGAUUGGUCCAAAAAACUCGCGCUAUCCUCCCAGCCAAUUAGAUUCAAAACUAAAAAAACAAUCGCGUCUUGUUCAUUCGCGUUUUCCCGCGCUUCAAGCAGUUUGCUUAUUUUCACUUUGAGCUCUCAUUGGCUUAUGAUAAUAUAUACGUUUGUUCUGAUUGGUCGCUGUAAUUACUUUGGUAUUGUUUUUUUUCGACACUCAACUGAAAACUGUUCAUGUAGGAUGUAGCAACAUCAAAUUGUCAUGCCACCCGAUCAAAGCCCUGAUGCAAUUAUUAAAUCUAUCGCUUUGAAAAUGAUUAAUUUAAUAAAUAUAAAAAUUGAUUAAUGACUUUUCAAAAUCAGAAUUAUUGAAAUAGCAGUUAAUUGUUAGGAGAAAACUCUGUCAUGUGACAGGGUUAACCGUUCAAUCACGCAAUUCGAUGAGUGUUUGAAUUUAAUUUAAAUUGUAGGUUAGUUUAUUUAAAUUCUAAAGGGAGAUGUGCAAUGUUGUCAUGUCCACGUGUUGUAAAAGUAUUUUAAAGCUCAUCAUUGGCAUCUACGUUCGUCAAAGAAUUUAAAUUUUCUCGUUGGCUAUGUUUCAAAUUUAUACAUCUUAGGAAAGAUGACUAUGUUCACUUCUCUCAAGGUGUAACUAUUGUCCAUCAGGUAUUUGGACAGCAGUUAUUCAUCUAACAACCUCUCUAUGUCUUCAGAUCAAGCUGCUGGUGUAUUAUAUGCUGUACAGUUGAAAUAAUGUUGAAAUAAUUUGAUAGGAACCAAUGUCUGACAUGUAUGUAUGUCUUCGAGAGACAAUAAAAGAGGAAGAAAACAG